GAAGGCGCUCACAUUGCUCGGACUCCUCGCAGCUCUGCUUCAAAAAUCACAAUCCGGAGUCUGGUGUUGCUGCAGACUUUGAUGUAGAUAUCUAGGCGACGCUGCUGACACGAGGCGGCCUGUGAACUCUAGCCUGUGCGGGUACAAGAAGCACCGACCUUCACCGCCUGCAACACAGGAACGCUAGCAAUCCGCUGACUACUUGAUUCUUGACACGAAUCUGCAGUCAUCUACUGUGGUUGUUAGUACAAUGGACCCGGUGGAAGCAAAAGUCCUGAAGGGCAAGCACAUGGAUUUGCAGAAAAGCCUGCAUGUGAAAGGAACUAUCCUCGACUACUUGCAGUCUAAAUCAAUCGUAGGGGAGACACAGUAUGAGGAUAUCAUGAAGAAUGGAGGUGUGGAGAGAAGUCCUCGUGACAUGGCGAGGCAGUUACUGGCCUAUCUACCGCACGCCGGUAGGGAAGCGUUCUCGCAGUUCGUCGCAGCUCUCGAGUAUGACGACGGAGUCCUUGUACAUCAGGAGCUUGCACAGCUGCUGAAGGAAGGGCUGCAGAAGGAGAGAGGCGAGUCGAUGGAAAAGAAACUUGAUGAUGAAGAGAAGAAAGCACUGGCAACCGCGUCGUAUACAUAGAUUUUUAGAUGCUGCUUUUAUCUGUUAUAUUCACGGUCAGACCUUGUUGUCUGUUGGAUGUGGAUUCUUCGAGUUGAUUUGACAACCGGUGAUGUGUGGCUUGAGAUCGAUCCGCUGUCUUGGAUAGUUAGUGAUGUGUGGCCUGAGAUCGAUCCGCUGUCUUGGAUAGUUAGUGAUGUGUGGCCUGAGAUCGAUCCGCUGUCUUGGAUAGUUAGUGAUGUGUGGCCUGAGAUCGAUCCGCUGUCUUGGAUAGUUAGUGAUGUGUGGCCUGAGAUCGACCCGCUGUCUUGGAUAGUUAGUGAUGUGUGGCCUGACAUCGACCCGCUGUCUUAGAUAGUUUUUUUUGUGACUUUAUGUUUACAGCACUGUAUGAUGGGUGUACAAUUACCUCUCGUCUUCCCAGA